AUGACCGGAGUAGCAUCAAGAUGGAAUAAACUGCACAGAAUUCUCAAUCUCCGGGUCGGCCCAGGCGCCGCGGUGCUUCCCAACACCAUCACCAGGAUACACCUCGAGUUCGCGAGCAAGGCUGGCGCGGGACAUGUCGGCCCCAGAAAAUUCUGGCAAGACUGUGUCCGCCGCCUCAAGUACCACAACCCCGCCGUCCCCAUGAUCAUCAACCGCACCACCUCCGCCGACGGCCCGGCCAAGAUGACGCUAUACUUCAAGAAGCCCGACGCCCAGACGCCCGCCGAUGCUCCCGCACGUGUUGUCGAGCUUGACAUCAAGGGCAAGCGCAGCGACGCUAUCCUCGACGUCUUUAUGCGCGAGACCAGUGCCGAGCCCGUCGCCCCGACCCCCGAGGAGGAAGAGGCUUUCGCCCAGUUCGAGAAGCUUGACAAGCUCGCCGACUAUGACCGCACCCGCAUGAAGAAGAUGCUCGACGAGGAGAGGAAGGCCAAGGCAAUGUUGAGGAGGGCAAAGGCUGGCGCUUCUGCCUAA